ACUGACUGUUUGGAUGAAUGGGGGCGUCUGAAAGUUGAACUGAAGCAUUUCUUGGACACAUCCAAAGGAGCACUUUUGGGUCAGAUGCUGAAAUGAGGGAAGAUGGAGGAAAUGAGGUGUGCUGAUGACUUGUGUUCCCUCACUAAUCUGAUUUGUUCAGUGUGGUUGACUCUCGAGCCGGUGUGGGAAAAUAUUUCUGGAAGACCUGAGGGAGCCAUCAUAAAAGUGACCUUGUGUGCAGCGUGACACACACUGUGCUCCUCAGGUUUCCCAGUCAGCCUCACCACUCUGAUACUUUAGUCUCGGGGUCAUUGCUGCUCCGUUAUGCCCAGGGCUCCAACUACUUACCAUACGUUUCCUUUGACAGAGGUUUCUGUUUCCUCUCUGACCGUCACCACACACAGCAGAGGGAGGAGGUCCAAACUGUGGAGUUCUGCUCUCCAGAUGAUGCCUCACAUGGUUCUGUGCAAGUACGUUCCGCUGGUUCUAGUGGGAGUUGUGGUUUUGGCAGCCAGCGGAAUCAUAGGAGACCCUCUCUAUGAGUGUCUCCAGGACGCUGACUACAGAGAGCUCCUGGACAUUGUGACGGAUGGACUCCCAGCUGCCAGGAUGCCUCAGCAUGUGGCAGUCAUCGGCGGGGGCAUGGCUGGACUGACUGCUGCCAAGGUCUUAGAAGAUGCAGGACAUAAGGUGACCAUAAUAGAAGCUAGUGAGCGAAUCGGAGGACGGGUGGAAACCUUCAGGAACAGAAGAGAAGGCUGGUACGCAGAGAUGGGAGCCAUGAGGAUCCCCAGCUUCCAUAAAAUUCUACUUUCCUUUAUCUCCAAAUUGAAAAUCCCACUGAAUUCCUUCAUCCAAGAUGACAUCAACACCUACUACUUGGUAAACGGAGGCCUACACAAAACCUACACCGUAGAAAACAAUCCCAGCGUGCUCAACUACAGUUUGCAUGACAGAGAGAAGGGAAAGUCAGCUGCUGAACUCUUCAGUCAGACACUCUGGAAGGUGAGGGAUGACCUAAAGACAUUGGGCUGCAGUGGAAUGCUGAAGAAAUAUGACUCCUACACAGUGAAGGAAUAUUUGGUGAAGGAGGGCAACCUGAGCCGCGGCGCUUUGAGAAUGAUUGGUGACAUCCUCAAUGAAAACAGCCUCUUCUACACGUCCUUGAUAGAGAUGCUCUACAUACAGACCGACAUCAAUGACAACACACAGUACUUUGAAGUGACAGAUGGUUUUGACCAACUCCCCACAGCUUUCUAUCAAGUUUUAAAUGCCACAAUCCUGCUGAACUCCAAAGUGAAGCUUAUUGACCAAACAGAUGGGGCUAAUGUGACUGUAACGUAUGAAGACUGGCGGAACUCAGGUUCCCUGUCAAAAGUGACAGUGGACUAUGCCCUUGUUACGGCCACAGCCAAGGCCACCCUCUUCAUUGACUUCUACCCUCCUCUGUCUGGUAACAAGAUGGAGGCCCUGCGCUCUGUUCAUUAUGCCAGCUCCACAAAGGUAGUGCUCAGUUUCAAGGAACGCUUUUGGGAGAAAGAAGGCAUCAGAGGAGGGAAAAGCAUCACCGACCGACCAUCUCGCUUCAUCUACUAUCCCAGCCAUGCGUUCCCAGGUACCACUGCAGGGGCCCUCCUGGCUUCCUACACCUGCUCCGAUGACUCCACCCUUUUUCAAGGCAUGAAUGAGGAGGAUCUGAUGGCAGUAGCUCUGGAGGACUUGGUGAAAAUCCAUGGGGAGUAUAUCCGACCGCUCUGCACGGGGGGUCUGGUGAAGAAGUGGGGCCUGGACCCUUACAGCUUUGGAGCCUUUGCCCUGUUUAUGCCGUACCAGCAGGGACACUACGCGCGAGAACUGUUCCAGAGUGAGGGACGGGUGCACUUCGCCGGGGAACACACAGCAACUCCUCACGGUUGGAUCGAAACUGCCAUGAAGUCUGCUCUCAGAGCAGCUAAGAAUAUCAACAACUUGACUCUGUAGCUUCAUGUCUGUUUUUUUCUCUAAAAAAAGCUCUAAAUAGUUCAACUUUUUAGAAUUUUUUCAAUAUCAUGAGCCCUGGUCCAAUCUCCGUCUGAUAUCUUUUAUUGUGAUAUGGAGAUGUUGCUAGGUCUCAGUAUCAAUAGUUUUAGGUUUAUUUCAUUGAAGGCAAAUGUUUUAUUAAGUCAUUCAAACUCAGCGGUGAUUCUUGCAUGAAUUGUCUUUUUCUUGCUUUUCCACACUUUUUCUCUUCUUCAUGGCUGCUUCCAUGAUACAAACAUCUACGGAAACCAUCUCAAUAAACAGGGUGCCAACUACCGAGCUACCGAGUGCACAUGAAUACAUUCAAUAAAAACUUGCUCUUGGAGCAACUGACAGAUGA